GCCAAAGCCAAAGCCAAAGCCAAAGCCAAAGCUGUCUUUGCACUAAAAUACACGUAAACAACUGUAACGACAAACAACAAUGAAUGUAGUUAAGAUUCUGUUGCAGAAAUCCUGAGCUUUUUCCUUUUCAUCUGGUUGCUGUUUUGAUGGGAUUUUUUUCUUCUGUUAAAAAAAGGGUUUUGUUUUAGUGAUGGAGGAGGGGGACAAGUAUGGUAAAGAGUUGGAUUUGGCCGUUAGAAUUGUGCAUCUGGCUUGUUCUUUGUGUCAGAAAGUGCAACAAAGGUUGGUUUCUUCUUCUGAUGAACAGGUUUUGGCUAAGGAUGAUGAUUCUCCUGUAACUAUUGCAGACUGGAGUGUCCAAGCCACUGUAAGUUGGCUGCUUUCAGAAUUCUUGGAGGGUCAGAAUGUGUCCAUUGUUGCUGAGGAAGAUGUCCAAACACUCUCCAAGUCUGAUGCAGCAGACUUACUUGCAGCUGUAGUGAACACUGUUAAUGAAUGCUUAGCUGAAGCGCCAAAGUACGGUCUUCAGUGUCCUAAGGAUGCUCUUGGGACUUCAAAAAUCCUUGAGGCUAUCAGCCGAUGCAACUCAACUGGGGGCCCAACUGGAAGACAUUGGGUGCUUGACCCUGUUGACGGGACAUUAGGGUUUGUACGUGGUGAUCAGUAUGCUGUAGCACUAGCCUUGAUUGAGGAGGGGAAGCUAGUUCUUGGAGUUCUUGGGUGCCCUAAUUACCCUAUGAAAAAGGAAUUGUUAAAUUAUAAUCAUCGUCGCCACCAAACUAUGCCAAAGUCUCUUCCAUCUUCUGAUAUUUGGGAAAAAGGACGUGUGAUGUAUGCAAGGAGAGGAAGUGGUCAGGCAUGGAUGCAACCAUUGAUCCUUGGGGAUACAAAAUUUGAAUGGCCAAAUUCUGCUAGAUUGAUACAGGUUUCUCCUGUUGAUGAUCCAUCUCUGGCAACUUUUUGUGAACCUGUGGAGAAGGCAAAUUCAAACCACUCAUUUACCGCAGGACUUGCUAACAGCAUGGGUCUCAAAAAGAAACCUAUGCGUGUCCAUAGCAUGGUCAAAUAUGCAGCAAUAGCUCGUGGCGAUGCUGAGAUUUUUAUAAAGUUUGCAAGAUCUGGGUACAAAGAGAAAAUAUGGGAUCAUGCUGCUGGUGUUGUCAUUAUAGAAGAGGCUGGUGGGGUCGUAACUGAUGCAGGAGGGCGUCCCCUGGACUUCAGUAGGGGACUGUACUUGGAAGGUCUUGACCGAGGGAUUAUUGCUUGCUCUGGACUCAUGCUGCAUGAUAAAAUCAUUGGUGCUGUAUAUGCAAGCUGGGACUCUUCUAAUCUAUGAGACUUUCUGCUUCUCGCCAAUACAGUAAUGCUGAAGCAUUAUGGUGACUUUGUGAGGGCCUAGCAAAUGCUGAGCAGGAUGCUGAUGGCAGUAAUGCAAACCAUUGAUUUUGACAGUGCUUUAUACCAUAACCGAGAACUGUCCGGUGAAAUAUAUUCUCCAUUUCAAGGAUAUGAAAUUUCCAAGAUUUGAUCAUUGAUGCCACCCUUCAGUGUCCAUCUAUCAGUUGUAGCAUUGCUCAAUUUUUAUUAGCAAUAUCCCCCUUACAAUGAUUUUCUAAUGAAAAUUUUGCUUUCAUUAAUAUAACCCUAUCAUAUUGGGGAUGCUUUCAGAUGCAGAGCAUAAGCUACUUGAUGUUUCUAUUGUAUGCUACCUUACAAGCUGAUACAUGAUUUUGGAUGUUCCUGGAUAUAGAUAUGUUACACAAAGAAUUGGAAAGGAGUAUGUUUUUCAUCUUCUUCUUUGUUAAACAUU